ACCACCAGCUCCAUUCUCUCCACUUUCCCUUCUCAAAUUCACAUCCCAACUCCAUUUCCAUCCAUUGUACUGAAAAUCCCAACAAAAAAUUGGAAAAAAAAUGGCAACCCGCCCUGACCAGCCGCAGACACAGCACUCAACUAGUCAGGUGAUAAAAACCACCACAGCAGUCACCGUGGGGGGUUCACUCAUGGUUCUAUCGGGGCUGACACUGGCUGGAGCAGUGAUAGGCCUAGUUUUGGCAACGCCCCUUUUGGUGAUUUUCAGUCCUGUGCUAGUCCCAGCUGCUGUAACCUUCUUUCUGAUUCUUGCAGGGUUCUUCAUCUCUGGAGGUCUUGGCGUAACUGCCACCUUUAUUUUCUACUGGAUGUUCAGGUAUGCGACUGGGAAGCACCCCAUCGGUGCAGAUCAGCUGGAUCGUGCGAGAGAAAAGAUUGCUCAUGCAGCUAAGGAGAUGAGGGACAAAGCUGAACAUUUUGGGCAGCAGGCUCAGCAGCAGAUUAAAGGUUCCCCAGAUCAAGAUACUUGAUGGAAUAUUGUGCAUGCAAUUAAUGUAUGAUGAUGCAUGAAUAAACUCUGUGCUUUAGUUAGCCGGGAUUGUGACUUUGUAUGGAUCGGCGACUUAAUUGUUGUUGUGACUGUUGUAGAGAGUGGAGAUGAGUUGCUGUUUCUCUCAAGUCAGCUUGUUCUGUGAGUUUGUCGUUGGAUAUGUCGUUUCAUGUGUGCAAAUAUAUUUGUGUUUCUUUUAGGCUUCUAAUUCCAAGCUUUGUCCUUUUUCUU